AUGCUGUUCCAGAGCUUCGACCUCGUCUCGGCGCUGGCCACCUUCGUCGCCUGCCUGGCGUCCGUGACGCUGCUCCUGGCCGUGUCGCAGCAGCUGUGGCAGCUGCGCUGGGCGGCCACGCGCGACAAGAGCUGCAAGCUGCCCAUCCCGAAGGGCUCCAUGGGCUUCCCGCUGGUCGGGGAGACUUUCCACUGGCUCCUGCAGGGCUCCUGCUUCCAGUCCUCAAGGAGGGAGAAGUACGGGAAUGUCUUCAAGACCCACUUGCUGGGGCGCCCCUUGGUCCGGGUCACGGGAGCGGAGAACGUGCGCAAGAUCCUGAUGGGCGAGCACAGCCUCGUGAGCACCGAGUGGCCGCGCAGCACGCGCAUGCUCCUGGGCCCCAACACCGUGGCCAACUCCAUCGGCGACAUCCACCGGAACAAGAGGAAGGUGUUCUCUAAGAUAUUCAGCCACGAAGCCCUGGAGAGCUACCUCCCAAAGAUCCAGCUGGUGAUCCAGGACACGCUGCGCGCUUGGAGCAGCAGCCCGGAGUCCAUCAACGUCUACUACGAAGCACAGAAGCUCACCUUCCGCAUGGCCAUCCGGAUCCUGCUUGGGUUCCGCAUCCCAGAGGAGGAGCUCAGCCACCUCUUUGAAGUCUACCAGCAGUUUGUGGAGAACGUCUUCUCCUUGCCGAUAGACCUGCCUUUUAGCGGCUACCGGAAGGGAAUUCGCGCCCGAGAGGUACUGCAGAAGAGCUUAGAGAAGGCCAUUCGGGAAAAGCUGCAGAGCACCCAGGGCAAGGACUACUCCGAUGCGCUGGACCUCCUGAUAGAGAGCGGCAAGGAGCACGGCAAGGAACUGACCAUGCAAGAACUGAAGGACGGCACGCUGGAGCUGAUCUUUGCUGCCUAUGCCACCACGGCCAGUGCCAGCACCUCGCUGAUUAUGCAGCUGCUGCAGCACCCGGGGGUGCUGGAGAAGCUGCGCGAGGAGAUGAGGAGCAAAGGAAUCCUGCACAACGGCUGCCUCUGCGAGGGCGUCAUUCAGCUGGACACCAUCAACAGCCUGCAGUACCUGGACUGUGUCAUCAAGGAGGUGCUGCGGCUCUUCACCCCCAUCUCUGGAGGGUACCGGACGGUGCUGCAGACCUUCGAGCUGGACGGCUUCCAGAUCCCCAAGGGGUGGAGCGUCAUGUACAGCAUCCGGGACACCCACGACACAGCCCCCGUGUUCAAGGACGUGGACGUGUUUGACCCGGACCGAUUCGGACGGGACCGCACGGAAGACAGAGACGGCAGGUUUCACUACCUGCCCUUCGGAGGAGGGGUACGGACCUGUCUGGGCAAGCACCUGGCCAAGCUGUUCCUCAAGGCACUAGCCAUUGAGCUGGCCAGCACCAGCCGAUUCGAGCUAGCCACCAGGACCUUUCCUCGGCUCACGCUGGUGCCCGUCGUCCACCCGGUCGGGGGACUCAAGGUCAAGUUCUUUGGACUGGAUUCAAAUCAGAACGAGAUCUUGACAGAGACAGAGGCCAUGCUGAGCGCCCCUGUGUAAGCCGCCUGCCGCCUGCCCUGCUUCUCUCGGCGGGGGGUGGAGGGGCUCGGAGCGGAAAGGGAAGAGCAAAAUCCACCACUGAUGCAGCCGCGCCGCCUCGCCACCCCUCCCGCAACACCCCUGGGCCAAGCCUUCUCCGAUGAAUCUACCCAAGCUGUGGUGCUGCUUUAGGGGAGGGGGGACCGGCCGAGGGGGCCGCCUUGGUGGAUUUUGCCUUGUUUCUCGAACUCGGCAGGCGGGGUGUGCCUUGGCCGUAGAAACAGCUGGACCUGCCGAGGUGCCCCAUCUCAGCUGCUGCUGCUUCUGGAGGGGGCCCUCUGCACCCGGCUGCUCACGGGAGGCCGCCGUUGGUCCUCUGGGGCCCGGCAGCCCUCCAGCCAGUCUUGACC